UUUUAAACAUAGCAUUAGAAAAAUUUAAUGUUACAUAGUUUUCAUUUGUUUAAACUAUUUUCAAGAUAUGCCGUUAUCAACAUAUAAUAUUUUAUUAAAAUUAAUUUAUUUUAUUUUUUUGAUUUCUAACGUUUAUUGCCUUAAAAGUAACGAAUCAGAAUCAAAUGUUGAACCCAUACGUCUUUUUAUACCAGUGGAUAUUAAAUGGCAGCAAUCAAAGUGCCAAGAAUUGGAUAUUCCUUUUAUCAGAGUAUCUAACAAAGAAAUGUCCCAUAAAUACCUAAAAUCUCCGAAAUCAUUAAUUGAAACUAAAGGAGACGGAAGUUGUUUUUUUAAUGCACUAUCAUAUUGGAUAACAGGUUCAAAUGCGUUUGGUCAAGAAUUACGUAAAAAAAUUAUCGAUUUUCUGGCUGAUUCAAAGAAUUUUCAAAUAAUGACUGUGGAUUAUAAACGACAAGAACGUAUUGAUGAGAUGUACGAUUCGACGGUGUAUGCUGAAUCGUCUGAAAUAGCUGCGGCAGCUGAAUAUUUAAAAACAUCAAUAUACGUAUAUACAGAUGAAAAUGGAUGGCACUUUUUUAACAAAAUAAACGUUUUUGGAAAUGAUGAUGGUGAAAAAUGUAUAUACUUGAUUAAUGAAAGCGAACAUUACAUGCCUGUUAUAGAUGUGUAUGGUGAAUCCAUAAGUCUUUUUUUGCCAGUUGAUGUUCAAUGGCAGAUAUCAAAAUGCAACGAAUUGGGACUUUCGCUUAUAAGAACAUCUUCCAAUGAUAUUUACAAUAAAAUUCUGUCAUAUCCGAAAACAGAUGUGAAAACAGUUUUGAGUGACGGAAGUUUUUUCAAUGCUCUAUCUUUUUGGAUAACUGGUUCAAUUAAGUUUGGUAAAAAAUUACGUAAAAAAAUUGUCGAUUUCUUGAAAGAAUCCAAGAGUUAUAAAAGAAUGAUUAGUGAUGAUAAACGUUUGGCACGUAUUGAAGAAAUGAACAGUAAAAGGGUGUAUGCUGAAUCGUCUGAAAUAGCUGCGGCAGCUGAAUAUUUAAAAACAUCAAUAUACGUAUAUACAGAUGAAAAUGGAUGGCAAUUUUUUAAAAAAGAUGACGUUUUAGAAAAUUAUAAUGGUGAAAAAUGUAUAUACUUGAUUAAUGAUAAAGAACAUUACAAGCCUGUAGUAGAUGUGUAUCCUGAAUCAGCAUCUAGUAACCCAACCUAAAGUCAUUCAGAAUUGUUUAAGCUUAAAAUCUGAUUCUACAUAUUAAGUAUGUAUAAUUGUAUUUAUUUAAAUAAAUAACUAAUAAAUAAAACUGUUUUAGUUAAUGAUAAUCUAUGACAGUAAUUAUUCAUGUUUAGUCAUCAUUAUAAUAAAAAUAAAUAAUAAAUAAUUAAAUAUAUA